AUGUGGGCUGCAUGUGGGUGCAGGCGAAUGGAGAGAUAUUUGUACGAUUUAAAGAGCAGAAAGUACACUCACAGACACGGUCAUCCUUCGGAGAGAGGAGGGAGGAGGGAUGAAGUAAAAAGUGUGCCUCAGCAACGGCUGCACCGACGCUACAGGAUAGCCGUCGAACGACCGAUUGAUCGACCGACCGGUUGUCAUCGCGAAUGGACGAAGGUGUGCAGAUUUGCUGGUCGCGACGACUCCACACUCACCUUCACACCACUCCGCAUUCUGGACACACUUGGCAAAUGCUAA